CUGGGCGACUCGAAAAAUGCGCUCUCUUCGAAUAACACCUCCGAAUCGAUAUCCCAAAUAAUUUCGCUAUGGAGAAAAUUGUGUCAAUCGGAUGAUCUCCCAAAAAAAGAGCUGCCAAAAAAUACAUCAAAAUCGUCGGAUCCAAUCAAUGAGGUCUUGUGUUUGGAGACGAUAAACGCACUGAUUUUGAUCAGAAACCUCCAUAAAAGCAUUGGAGACGUCGCCAAAUCCAUGAAGAAUCCAUCGUUGGCAUCUGGAGUCACUCAGAAGACGAUCCAAUCGUUGAUCUUUCAACAGACACCUGAUGAAUGGGAUCGAUUGUGGGCGGGGCCAACGGACCCCGCGGAUUUUUUGAACGCGGUGGUGAAGAAGACGCGGGGAACGAUGCAGAUUUUUUUUGAAUUUUUUGAAAUUUUGAUUUUUUUGCAGCUCUACGAAGCCUCCAAAUCCUCGUCGAUCCUCUCCUCUCCCAUCGAUUUUUCGGAUCUCUUCUAUCCGAACAUCUUCUUGAAUGCAUUGAGACAAACCACGUCUCGACAACUCCAAAUUCCGUUGGAUCAACUGAUUCUCUCUUCCGCCUGGACACCAUCCCAACUUCCACCGAAACAGUGUGUCCAGGUGCAGGGUCUUCUACUCCAAGGUGCCACUUUCGAUUCGUUCCUCCGUGAGACUACCGUAUCCAGUGCUGCCUACGUACAGGCGCCGAUCCUCUACUUGGCAUGGACUUCUGACAGCUCUUCGACGAUCACUGGCGAGCAAAUCCAGGUGCCGCUGUACAAUUCCAGUGAGCGUUCCGACUUGAUCACCGCUGUCAACAUGCCGUGUCGUGGUGCCGAUCAAUGGAACAUCGCAGCUGUUGCCCUAUUUCUGCGAUAA